UACAAAUGGCUGUUCCCUCAAAUAGUGCCUAAUUUAAGGGUAUAGGGGGCGAUUUCGGACACAGCCCAUGCCUACACCGGACUAUACCGUUGUUGUGCCACACUGGAUGUGACAAAGCGACCAUUGCAAAUCCAUUUGUUCUUCAUAUCAGAAGAAGCGAGAGCACUUGAAGUACGUCAGAAUAGAAUGGGGAAUCAGUUUACCGUCAGGAAUUUGUCGUGUCGCGCCACAUCCAGUGUAGUCAACAUCACUGAUUAUAAUGUCGCAUUGCGCCGCUCGUGUCUGGUGUAGACACAGGGUUAAGAUUUUUCUUGUACUGGUUGCCAUAGCGAUAUACCCUGCAUGAGGGUUGUUAGCAUUCAGUUUAGCUCCCCUUUUUCUAACUAUUACUGAAAAACAAGCUCACUAUGUUUGUCUUGCUCUUCACUCCCCCUUAAGCUUUUGAUGGAAUGGGUGAUAUGCUCAUGCCAGCUAUGGCUCCCCAGGCAUCAGGGGCGUCACCCAUGACCAACUCACCGGUCAAACCCAUGGGAGGAAACCUGGACUCAGCUAUGGCCAACAUGGCCAGCAAUUUGACAAUGGGGAACCAGAAACCGGGUGAAGCAGCUGGAGGGGCGAACUGGCAAGCGCAGGUACCCACCCCUAGAUGGGGCGUUGCCAUGAAUCCCCCUCUUGGGGUCUGUCCUGUCAUGGGAUCCCCAUCACCAUUUGGCAUGGUAAGAGUGUGUGUUUAAGUGUAUGUGUGUGUGUGAAGGCGUUUGUGUUUGUUUCUCUUACUGUGUCUCUCUGCGA